AUGGCGGCGGUCGCAACAGCAGGAGCAACGCGUCCCAGCCGCGGUCUCCCAGACGAGAUCGCCAUCUGGGAGAUCCUCGUCCACCUCCCCCCAAAUGCCCUCCUCCGCUGCCGCGCCGUCUGCCGCGCGUGGCGCCGCGCCACCACCACCCGCGACUUCCUCCUCGCCCACCAUGCCCGCCAGCCCAUCCUUCUAAUGCGUCAUGGGGAUCAACUAUCCCUAGACAUCAUCUCCUUCGACCACCGGGCCGCCGCUGACCAGCUCCGGACUGUCGCGCGAUUUGGCGGCAUGUCCUACAGUCUGGUGGCUUGCUGCGACGGCCUCUUCGUCCUGGCCGUAAACAGGGCGCACUUUGGCAUCUCAAUGAACAUGAAGCACUUCGCCAUCUACAACCCGGCAACUCGUCAAUAUGCUUCUCUGUCAACGCUUUCAGGCUUCAGGCUCUUGGGAAUGUACCAUCACCCUGCUACGGGCGAGUACAGACUACUGAUGCACCAUUGCCAGUGGUCCGAACCUGGCAGACAAGUUGGCUCCUAUGUCUUCUCAUUGGGCCCUGGCCAGCCCCUGAGGCACAUCGGCAAGUGUCUCGAUGCCAAUGAACUGAGCAACAUAUCUGUGCUAUUCCGUGGUUGCUUGCAUUGGUACCGAAUGAAGUGCCGGGGAAAAAGCUGCAUGAUAAUCGUGCUCGACACCAUAGCUGAGUCAUUCCGGCAGAUGUGCCCUCCAAAUGUUUCUGGCUGUGUCGACCUAUUUGAUAUGGAUGGCAUGCUCAGCAUGUCCAACUUAAAUUAUUCAGUGAAUAUAAUCGAAGUCUGGGUUCUACAGGACUAUGAAAGCGAGGUCUGGACUUUCAUGUACCAGAUUGAAUUGCCGUUUACGGAGAUCAGGGCGCAAUGUGGUUACCGUCAGAGUGCCGAUAUUUGGAGUGCGGUGGUCGUACCUGAGGAAGGUGAGUUGCUUGUGAUGGUACGGUUUAACGAGUGGCUGAUUCAGGUUGACAUGGAUGGCAAGUUGGUCGCCACUUUUCAUUGCAGGGGAGUCGUUCCUAUCCAAUUUCUUCUCAAACAAACUCUUGUUCCGCAUACCUUCUUUCCAACACUAGAGGGUUAUGUUGUGAACCAUUUUCCUUUAAUCUGA